AUGGAUGAUGACUUCCUCUGCAUCCAGCAGGAGUGGCGGAAGAGGCACAUUAUGCCGCAGGAGGAUUCCGGAAAGCCAGCCAAAGAGCUGUUGAAGAAGCAGUUUUCGCGGCGGAUGUGGGACAAGAUGCCGGAGUUUCAUGAGAUCAAUGCAGCUUGGCCACAAUUCAAGCUCAAUUUCAGUUCCAUUGCCAUUCCAAAAGCUCCAACGCCACUGAGGUAUCUCAAAGUGGUGUCCUUUCCAGAGAGGACUGAAGUUCGAAACGCUUACGUCCAGACCUUCACGCGCUGUUGUGAGGCGGAGCCGUUCACUGGCGGAUCUGGAGAACUUGAGGGACGUGGUCGAAGCGCAACGAUUCCAACUGCACCCACUGCCACAGUUCUGAAGCUGCGCGAUGCGGCUCAAGAGAUCUUCGGGGUUGGCUUCCUAAGACUCUUGUCGUCCCAAGGGCAGAUCUUGGAUGUUUGUUCUACUCUUCUUGAUACCGGGCUCACAGAUGGUGAGACUUUGACGGCCAUCGUGCAUGCCCCGAAGAUUUGCGCAACACGAAAGGCCUUUGCCAUGAGGUUCAGCAACGGUCACGCUCUUUGUUGGGGCGAUCCCAAAUUCGGUGGUGAUGCCGGCCCCAGCGUCGCGGCUGCUGGACGGGUGGAGCAGAUUGAGUCCACUGGGCACGCCUUCGCCGCUCUGUUGGCGGAUGGAUCCGUUGAAACUUGGGGUCACCCUCGAUUUGGCGGUGACAGCUCAAGGGUUCGCGAUCGCUUGGGAUCGAAUGUGCGGCAAAUCAAAGGAAGCCACUUCAGCUUUGCGGCCAUUCUGCAGGAUGGCACAGUCGUAACAUGGGGGCGUUCAGCUAUUGGUGGAGAGAGCCAACGAGUUCAACAUUUGCUCAGAGAUGUUUGCAAACUUGAGAGCACUCACUUUGCAUUUGCUGCGAUCUUGGCCGAUGGUUUCGCUGCGCCUGCGGUGCUGAAGCAGAGCCGACAGUGCACACCAAUUGGUUUGCGCGUUUUCUGCGACACAAAUGCGCCAAUGUCUCCCGAAAUCGCCGGGCACGCACAGCGAAACGGUGUUUGCAAGCUGCCCGCCAUCCUGCUGAACAGCCAGCACGAAAGCAAUUUGCUGCCAACCAAGCGGCAGAGGGUUUGCACACUUUUUCCUGUUUGUCCAUGUUCAACAACUGUUCCUAUCGGGGCGGCCACUUCUGCAGUGGAUGCCCCAGCAGUCGGUGAUUUUUGCCUGCUGAAGAGCCAGAAGGAGUAUGGGUGCGUCUUCGCCAUCAACCCUUGUUCCAUCGUCAAGUUUGUGAAACGGCAAUGCUCGAAACAUGAAGGUUCAUGCUGGCGUCUGCAAUGGCCACUGGAGCCGACACAAUUGGAAAGACCAGAGGCGCAUUCUUUUGGACCUCUUUUGCAACCCCGGCCUCGGGCUCAACCUGCGCCUGAUGGAGGCGUUUUCCGUGCACACCAGAGAUGCUAUGGCGUGAGCGAGUUGUCACCGCCGAAUCGCAAUAGCACUGAAGGAAAGAACGCUAUCCAGGCCUUCGUGGCAGAAGCCUUGCAGCAGCUAAGUGAGAUGAACCACUGCGAGCAGGGCAGUGGCCUUUGGGCAGAUGUCUUUCAGGACGUUGCGUGUGUUCAACUCCAUGAUGAUGCCAGCAUGAUGCUGGCUUGCCCCAAGAAUCUCCCGGGUUGCCGUAUCCAGCGCCGUGGGUGGCGGGAUGGGUGCAUGUUUGUCUCCGCAGCUGGCCUGCGGCGUUGCCAUGCUCAGCGUUAUAGCUGUUUGGAGCAUGGGGUUCACUGGUCUUUGCCACUCGACGGGAAAGGCCACACCCGAGGAGCUUCAGUGGUUGGGGACGUUGUUGGCAAGUUCAUUAUAAGCAGUACCUGGUGGCCUCAAGCCAUCCGCAUCUUUAUGGAAAGCGAAAGCUAUGAUGCGGUGGCCCGUCACCUUCGGGACAUCACGGAAGCGCACAUUAGCAUUGCUUUGGUACGGCACCCAACAGUGGCUCGCUUGGAGCCAGCCCAGCAGCAGCUUCUGCACAUCGCGAUCUUGCAGCAUUGUUUGGCUUGUCCUUCCUGGCAAACCAUGCGUUCAUGGAUCAGUUUGUACAAGCGGAUGUGUGUCGUGUGUGCGCCUCAGCGAACCUGGGGGGUGGUGACCAUGCUUCAAGACAUUCCUGGUCUGCCUCCUCUUUGGGCAGAGACAGAAAACCGUAUGGGUAAGGAAUUGUUGCUGCUCACUUCGUUGAGAUUGUUGGCGCGAAAGGGAUUAAGACCCAUUGGCAUCAACACAGACAAUAUUGAGGCUGACUUCAAAAUGAUUGCCUCUGUCCUCGAAGCAGCUUUGCCGCCUGGCAUGGUGCUCUACCGGUUUGUAUCGCCACACCAACCAUUGCAGGAAGACGCCAAGCAGCACGUGGCCAGCGGAGGGAUCGUGAUAGACAGAGAGCAUUGUCAGGCAUUUGGUGUGGAGAUUGGCCAAGAUGGGCUGCACAUUUAUGCUAGGCUCGUUCAGGGGCUGCACCUCGCAUCUCGCGAUGGUGCUUUUGCAGUGCAGUGUCUUCGAAAAAUGCUAGCGUCAUGGAACCCUUGCAGACGCGAAGCGACACCACAGGGAGAGCUAGCCUUGGAGUUGGAAGGAGUGGAGCCCAAAACUAUCGGCUGGCUGACUCUUUCGGACUCACCAGGUGAAACCUGUGCAGACGUUUUAGCUGCGUACUUUGGUCCUGACCAGACAGCUUUGCCGAGCAAUGCUUUGCAACUGCUGAAAGAUAACAUCAGCAACACCUGGAACCACCCCAACACUGCCAAAGAGUUGCCACGAUGUGCGAAAGCUGUCAUCUUGCAAGAUGUCCUAUCUAUCAAGGACGGGCGCCGGGACCGAUCUGUCUGCUUGAGGAUGAAAGCCUGGAGCCUGAGUUUUAUGAGUGCCACUCUGGGAUACCAGAAACGUUCCGCAAAGGUUUUCAUUGGUUGCAGUUUGUGCUGCUUGCGGGUGCUGCUCUUGGAGAGGGUGCCGGUGCUGCUUGAGCUUGCCGCUGUUAGAACGGGGUGUGCGGUUUGGAGUGGGCACGUGGUGCCGCUGCAGGAGGGCCGUUUGCGCUUUGGAGCUUGGUUGCUUUGGAAUGUUGCCCACGAAUUUCCGGUGUUGUCUGAGGAGGGUGCAUCGAAAGAAUACCGUCAAAAAAACGCUUUGGUUGCCGAACGGUUGGCCUAUAACAUCAGCAUUUCCGUGGACACCAUCCGAGAAGACAUGCUGCAACUGGCCGAUUUGUUGGCUUACCAAUGCUUUCCACACAAGGCCGGUGGUCGAACUGGGCUGUGGGCCAAAGCACAGCUCCAUUAUCUGAAGCGGAUCCGCAAGCGUCCGAGGGGUGCUCAGACCUAUGCAGCUCCGAGGCUGAUGCAGGAUGUACCCAGUGGUGGGGACAAAUUCAAUGAGAAAAUUCAACAACAAUGUGCUCCGGCUGUGCUGUGCGGCCUCGUUGCAUCCUACCGGUCGAAAUCUUGGGCAGUUCAGAAUGGCUUCCAUGUUUCCAUCGGUACCAUUGGAACGGAGAGGCAUUGGAGGAACAUGCAGCGCCGAGCGCGUAACCUGGCCCGGUCUUCAGCUACCCCGGAGACAGUGGACACUUUGAAUAUUUUUCGUUGGGUGUCCGAAGUGCAGACACGCUUGUCCAAAGACCGCAUGGUGGUCCAUGCUCGACUCAAUGCAUCAGCCAGGAUGUGGCUGCUUAGCGCUUCACAGCGCCUGGCUUCAAUCUUUGUUCAAGGUCCGGACGUGUUGCAAUCAUUGCUGGCAGACAUGGCAGAGGUCGCCCCUGUCGUGAGCGACUCCUCUGCGGUUGGAAGUGUCUAUGAUGCCCUGCUGCAAUGCCGAGUGGGCGCUUCGUUGCGGCUGCAAGCUGCCAUGACUACAGACUACAGCAGGCCGCUGCUUCCGGUCAAUGGUACCCCUCCAACACCACCUCCAAGCCAAGUCUCCCCAACACGGUUGGAGCAAGUGUAUGAUGACAUUGAAGAGGCUGGGGCUGAGGAAUGGGCUGCCUUGCGGCUGCGGGUGACGGGGUCUGCUGAUCCGGGUGCUGGUGCGAAGGACAGGUUGCUUGCCAAGGUGAAAGAGCUUUUGCCUGAGGUUCCUUCCGGUACCACAGACACUCUUGCUGCCUUUCUAAAGAAUUGCACUGUUGAGCGAAGAGAAGCAUUCUUCAGAAAGUGGGCUCGAUCGGUGUAUGACACCGAAGCUGUCGAGCAGGAGUGGGACUUGCGCAAGAAACCCCCAGCACAGACUUUGAAGGAAUUUUUUCACAAGCAUUGCCAAGAGGUCUACGCAAGCUUCUUGAAGGAUAAUGCCACUCUCAACCCUCUCCAGUCACAAAGAGAGACUGCUCUCAAGGCACUCGCACCUGCAGAGCUUGCUUCAGCUUGUGAAAGGUUGUCUGUGGGCACAGGAUUGCCAAAAGAUGGCCACUUGGUCCAUGCAUGCUUGCAAGGACAGGCCAUCUUCCUCUUUUCAGGGCAAGAUGGAAAAUUGCAAGUACAUGCAAUGGAAGAAUCUGAGAGCGAGUGGAAUCUAGCAGGAAGUAAGCUCUGCCUCAUUAUUUUGGCCGAUUCGGCCGCAGGCAAGGACAACCUAGGCGGUCUGGUUCGUGGCUGGCUUAAGAACCUGACAGAUGAAAAUUGCACAGCCACACAUGUUGUGCCGCAAGGCAACAUGACAGUUUCCGGCCUCUUGAAAGUCUUGCGGCAGAACCAUGGGCAGGCGCAGCUCCUUCAGAGUGAGCUGGAACAUUUCAUCAACAAAAAGAAGCCCAACUUCUUGCAGCAGGCAGACUGCAUAGAAUUGUUGGAUGGGUCUGACAGCUUUGGCAAAGCCACCCAAUCUGACACCAUUUCCUGUCCACCCAAUGUCUGGGUUCUUCUUCCUUCCACCAAGGGAACUUACCUUCGCGAGCUCGGAGAAUCUGAGUCCUGCGGGCGCUUGCGCUUCGCCGUCCUUGCUUUGGACAGUUCCCAGGUUCGAGCUACAGCUUUCGAAGAGAAGCUUGUCCCCCGCUCCCAGUCACAAGAUCUUGUCACGGGCUGUUUGCGUUGGAUCUUACGCUUGCAGCACAAAAGCACCCCCCCCGGGUCAGAAGCCGCACCAACUUCCCGGCCACAGGACGCGCCAACUUCCCAAGACCCUGCAAACUUGCGCCUGCGAAGCAAACAAAGCGAGCAACCACCGAAACACCCAGGGAAAACAAACAGGACAAUUGAUGAGGUCUGCUUUUCUGGGGCUGCAGGGUGCGUGCUUGCAGGUUUACAAGAUGGAUCUGCUGCUGCUUGCUUAGAAGCAACAGGCAACAGCGCAGCUGCCAGCACAGUCACCAAACAUGCAGGACGUAUGUUUGGUUCGAUUUGUUUGUCAAACCUGGCAAUCCGGAACGGGCUGCUGAUGUAUGCCUUGAAUGAAGAAAUCCCGUGUGAUAACACAGUGCGUUUGCACGAUGCGCUUGCCGCGCUCCCCCGCUGCGAACUUUUCAGUGUCAACCAGCUAGGCUUAGAACAAUCCAUUCACACACAGUCAGCAAAGGCAGCCGCAGCAAGCACAGAAGCCUCCAAACCUGCCAACAUUCUGGCACUUAGUAAUCUCGACUUUGCUGCCAAAAGAUUCUUCACCGGCUUGUCCUCCUACACCCCUCCCUGUGACACCGACCUUUGGAAAGCCAGCAAAGAAACUGGGGUGGCCAUUGCUGUUAAUGUGAAGACAGCUUGGUACAACUUUCGCCAGUGCAUGUUCGGUCGCAAAAGAAGGAGAGAUGCCGACUUGGCACAGUUUGGAGGGACAGAGGACAACAAGACGUUGCUCCUGCGGUACACCAAAGAGGGGGACGCAUGGAUGACUGAAGAACUGAAGGUGCCAGUGGCAUUGGAGGUUCUGGGCUCCAAAUCUGCUUUCACACCUGAUUCUACACAGUUUUCUUGGAAUCUUGGCAUCCAUAUUGCUGCGUAA